AUGACAGCUCAAUUGCACAGUACCCCUUUCAAAUUCAGUGAACCCCGGACCAGCCAUGGGCUUGGAAACCAAGACCCCAGAGAUUCACAACUGAGACUUGUCUUAGUGGGUAAGACUGGAGCAGGCAAAAGUGCCACAGGGAACAGUAUCCUUGGAAAGAAAGUGUUUAAUUCAAGGCCUGCAGCAAAAUCUAUCACCAAGGUCUGUCAGAAAGGUAACAGCACAUGCAAUGGGGGAGAAAUUGUCGCUGUAGACACACCUGGCAUUUUCGACACUGAGGUACGGGAUGCUGACAUGCAAAGGGAGAUUGCUAAUUGCAUCCUCCUGACUUCCCCUGGCCCUCAUGCUGUGCUCCUGGUGGUCCUGCUGGGCCAGUACACAAAGGAAGAACAAAAGGCCAUGGAGAAGAUUCUGUCAAUAUUUGAACCCAAAGCCAAGAGAUACAUGAUUCUCUUAUUCACCCGGAAAGAUGACCUGGAUGGCAUGGAGUUCCAUGAUUACUUAAAGGAAGCACCAGAAGCCUUUCAAGAUCUGAUGGAGCAGUUCAAGGAUCAUCACUGUGAAUUCAACAAUAAAGCAACAGGGGCUGAGCAGGAGGCUCAGAGGGCACAGCUGAUGGACCUGGUCCAGCGCAUAGUGAUGGAGAACCAGGGAAGAUGCUACACUAAUAAGAUUUACCAAAGGGCCGAAGUUGAGAUUCAGAAACAGAUUCAAGUGAUACAAGAAAAAUGCAGAGCUGAGCUGGAGAGAGAAAAAAGGCAGUUAAGAGAGGAGUAUGAAGAGAAAAUCAGAAAGCUGGAGGAUAAAUGGGAGCAGGAAAAGACAAAGGCAGAAAUGGAGUGGGAAUUGGCAAAAAGGGAGACCUACUCUGUUUUAAGGCAACAAAAUGCCAGAGAAGAAGUUAAGAAUCAGAAAGGGAUAAUCUUGAGAAGAUUGAGAGAAAUUUGGAGAGACAUCUCAUCUCUUUUCAAGGAAGAUUAG